CUGAAAGACGCCAUCUGUAGUGUGAGGCUUUCAUCAAAUGUUAGAAGCAGUUCUAAUUUUUUAAACCUAUUUUAAUUACGUUUUCAUCGUUUUAUUUUUAUGAUGGAUGACAGCUUUGAGUAUGGUUCCAAAAAAAUUAAAACGGAAGGAGAAUUAGAAGUUACUGGUGUUUCUCGAUCUGGGCGUGUGAGGAAAAAAUCUUCUAAAUUAACUGAUUUUGAAUCGUUGGAUGAAAUUGAUAUGAGAUCUCCAAAAGCAAAGAAAGAAAAACAAGAUUAUUCCAUUCCAUUGGCGAGAUCUAUCAAGAAAGAAAAAAUUAUCAAAGAAGAAAUUUUGACAGAUGAAGAAGAGAUGGAUUCAGGAAACUUUGUUUUGAACAAAGAAGCUUUUAUUAAACAGGAAGUGUAUUCUGAUGAAAGUGAACCUGAUUUAGUUUAUCCUACCAAUGAUGAGUCAAGUAUGGAUUCAUUAGGGAGUGAUAUGGAUGAUAUUGAAGAACCAGAUAUUGAUAGAGAAGAUACAGAAGGAUUUCAACCAAUAGUUGGUGAUUCAGUAGAUGAUUCUCCCACACAGUCAACAUCUGUCUAUGCGAUGGAAAGGUCUAACAAAAAGAAGUUAGUUAUUAAAGAUGGAAAGAUUGUUGGACGAGUCAAAGCUCAGCGCAAAGACAAAGGGAAAACACGGUUUACAGCAUACAUGCUUUGGGCUAAGGAAAUCAGAUCAGAGCUGACAAAGCAGAACCCAGACUUAGAUUUUUCACAAACCAGCAAGAAAUUAGGUGAGCUUUGGGCAUCAGUACCUUUUCAUGAAAAAUAUAUAUGGAAAAGGCGUGCUAAAAGAUUGGCAGCAAGAGGAAUGGCUAAGCAACAACAACAACAACAUCAGCAAACAGUUGCCAUACCUGAAACUAAAAAAAUGAAAUCUCCACCAUCUCGGAAGUUUAUUAACAAACAAAGUGUGUCCCCUGCAACCUCCAAUAAUAUUGUUUUAUCACCUGAAACCAAGAGUAAUAAAGGAUCUACAGCUCUGGAUUCGGGUGUCUUUAAGCCUGUUGGGACCACACCUUUGGAUGUUGCUGCCCAUUUAAGGCUUCUGGGUGAAUCAUUAACAAUAAUUGGUGAAAGGCUCACUGAACAUGAGGGACAAAUUGCUGUGUCAGGAAGUUUUUCAGUACUUCUUGAUUCUCUUCUUUGUGCCCUGGGACCAUUGUUGUGCCUAACACAGCAAGUACCUCAGCUGAAUGUCAUUCCACAAGAGCAAUUAUCACAGCUUAUGGAUAACAUAGCAUACAUAAUGCCUGGGCUUUAAUAUGCUAUUUUUCUGUAAAUGAAAUGUUGUUUUUAAAUUACAAUUCUCAGUGCUACACAAACAAAGUUUCCAAUUAUUGACCACGUCCUUUUUUAUGAAUUUAUAAAAUUUUCGGCAUUUAUGUUUGAAAUGUGAUAAGAUAUGUAAUUAAUUAUUGUUAAAUUAAAUUAUUUUUAUCUGUUA